CUCCGUUCGGCUGGCGGCUUUAUGUGAAUUUUGCGCAAACCCACCAUCAUCCGUCCGCACGGCUGUCGUGGUCGACGUUCGACGUCCUCGACAGCGAGUAUAGAAGAGUAGAGAUAGACAGACUCCAAAUCGAUAUCAGACGGCCGGACCGCGCUUGUUUUGCGCAAGAUUGGUGCUGAUCGGGAGAGACCGGGACAGGCUACCUUGAGAGCUGUGGGCGACGGUGCUCCAUCGCGCCUGGGCACAGAGCAGACGAAGGGGUAUAAAGAGAAGGGUAUCAUGGGAUGCAAACGCAUAUAAGGAGCACCCUCCACCGUUCGUCGCCUGCAACCUUCUUCUUCUCCUCAAACUAUCACCAACUUCAAGUUACACAGCGGCUUCACCGCACCCAUCUCCGUCUCCUUGCGCUCAACAACGCAGCUCAAAGACAUAACCUCUUUUGUUCAUCAGCACCAGUAACUCCACCGCUUUUAUCGCCAACGAGCUCUAGUAGCACUACAAACCCGACGACAAAAGACAAAAUGUUGCACCGUCAGCUUGGUACGCCUUACGUGACGCCCCACAUUCUGCACAAGAGCUAUGCAGAGACCCCCGGACUUGACACGACCGUGAAUCUCAUCGGCCGAGAUAUCGAGUACUUCUCGCAGGCAGGCUUUGACAUGUCAAAGCUGACGCUGAAGCGCAAUGCCGCGCCUGCACAGCUCUACGAGGAUGCGAUCCGCAAUGAGGGCGCUAUUAUUUCGUCCUCUGGAGCGCUUAUCAAUUUCUCUGGCAAAAAGACUGGUCGUAGCCCGAAGGACAAGCGAAUUGUGUAUGAGGAGACUAGCCGUGACAAUAUCUGGUGGGGAAGUGUGAAUAUCAAGAUGGACGAGCAUACGUUUGAGAUUAACCGCGAGCGUGCGAUCGAUUAUCUCAACACUCGGGACCUCGUAUAUGUCUUUGAUGGCUAUGCUGGAUGGGACCCGCGCUACCGCAUCAAGGUCCGCGUCGUCUGUGCCCGAGCGUACCACGCGCUCUUCAUGCACAACAUGUUGAUCAGACCGACUGAGGAAGAGCUUGCCAACUUCGGCGAACCCGACUUUAUCAUCUACAACGCUGGCCAGUUCCCGGCGAACCGCUUCACGAAGGGCAUGUCGUCGACGACCUCCGUCGAGAUUAACUUCAAGCGCAUGGAAAUGGUCAUCCUCGGUACGGAAUACGCGGGCGAGAUGAAGAAAGGUGUAUUCAGCGUUAUGCAUUAUCUUCAGCCUGUCAAGUUCGGACAACUGUCGCUGCACUCGUCUGCGAACGUUGGUAUCGAGAAGGGUGACGUUACUCUGUUCUUCGGCCUUAGCGGUACGGGGAAGACGACGUUGAGUGCUGAUCCUCGUCGACAACUGAUUGGUGAUGAUGAGCACGUUUGGAGCGACCGUGGCGUAUUCAACAUCGAGGGCGGCUGUUACGCCAAGUGCAUUGGCUUAUCCGCUGAAAAGGAACCCGAAAUCUUCAAUGCUAUCCGUUUCGGUGCCAUCCUUGAAAACGUCGUUUACGAUCCAGUAACACGCAAGCCCGACUACGAUGAUGUCUCGAUCACGGAGAAUACACGUUGCGCCUAUCCGAUCGAAUACAUUCCGAACGCGCGUGUACCGUGCCUCGUUGAGCGUCAACCGUCAAAUAUUAUCAUGCUUACCUGCGACGCUUUCGGUGUGCUUCCGCCUGUAGCGCGUUUGACGCCAGCACAAGCGAGCUAUCACUUCCUUGCAGGCUAUACGAGCAAGACGCCUGGAACCGAGGAUGGUGUCCUCGAGCCGAUUCCGACGUUCAGCACUUGCUACUCAGCACCGUUCAUUGUUCUCCAUCCGAGCAAGUACGCAACGAUGCUUGCAGACCGCAUGGCUCAACAUGGUGUGUCUUGCUGGUUGAUCAAUACCGGCUGGACUGGUGGACGUUUCGGUUCGCCGCAAGGUCGUCGCUGCCCGCUCAAGUUUACGCGCGCGAUCGUUGACGCUGUACACGAUGGCUCGCUCAAGAAUGCGGAAUACGAGAAGUUCGGUGUGUUCAACUUGGACAUCCCGACUUCGAUUCCUGGUGUUCCACGUGAGUUGUUGAACCCUACACUUGCGUGGCCGGAUAAAGAGGCAUUCGAGAGGGAAGUGAGGAAGCUUGCGGGAAUGUUCGUUAAGGCGUUUGCGGUGUAUGAGAGUGAUGUUGAUGCGAGUGUGCGCGCUGCUGGUCCGCAGUUGUAAAAGGUUCUCUCAAUAGUGGAUAGUACAAGUGGUCGUUUCCGAUUUCCUCGUCUCGCAAACUUUUAGACAUGUACACGCAAUCGUUUACUUUACUUUACUUUACUUUUCUUUUAUGUGAGACUGUGUGUACUUAGCUUAGUUGUACAACAUGAAAAUUUCUUUGUCUGUAUCAUCGGCAUGGUGGUGGAGGAUGGGAUAAUGGUGCUAAGGUAGUGUUCUGUACUUGACGGAUACUCAGCAUAGGAAGAAGUUUUACUUUUAUACGAUUGCCCGAAU